CUCUGCUCUAGAAAAAAUAUUGUCCAAAUACUGUUCGGUUUUUUGUUCGGAAAAUCGACCCUGUUCCGGACAUUUACUUGACAUUCAUCAUGAUAUUGUACAUUUUUUAUGUGGUUAAAAAUUCUCAAUCUCCGCAUCUUGUAUUAAAUUGUAACAAAUAUUGUAUAAUAGCGUACGAGUGUCCAGAAAUUGACCCCAUUCCGAAUAUUUAUCGGACAAACAUUUUUUAUAGGGGUGCGGAAAUAAUCUGUUCACUCGACUAUGAAAAAAACUGGAUAAACACACUCCAAGCCGGAAAUAAUCCUAACAAUGAUAGUAAAAUAUCUUUCGUCCACUAAUCUGACAAUCGACACACGAUUAUACAGUACAGUCAAACCUUUAUAUAACGAUAUGUCGGGACAUAUAUGAAAU